AUGAAAAUGUUUGAAAGCAUUGACUCUACGGCUACAAAAUCUGGCCCGGACCUUUGGGCUGAAAUAUGUUCCUGUCUGCCAAGCCCUGACCAAGAGGAUGAUGCCAAGAAUGCCUUCUCAGACUCCUUUAUGGAUUCUUAUCCUGCAAGCACAGGCCAGAGGGAGGCCCCAGACUUUGCUGCUCAGCCAGCUAUAAAGCCUUGGGCUCCCUUGCAGGAUUCAGAAGUGUAUUUAGCAUCUUUAGAGAAUAAACUGAGAAGAAUCAAAGGUUUAAAUCAGGAAGUGACCUCUAAGGACAUGCUUCGAACCCUGGCCCAAGCCAAGAAGGAAUGCUGGGAUCGGUUCCUCCAGGAAAAGUUAGCAUCCGAGUUCUUCGUGGAUGGACUUGAUUCUGAUGAGAGCACCUUGGAACAUUUCAAGAGGUGGCUCCAGCCAGAUAAGGUGGCCAUCAGCACAGAGGAGGUCCAGUAUCUGAUUCCUCCGGAGUCACAGGUGGAGAAGCCAGUGGCUGGGGAUGAGCCAGCGGCAGCGGAACAAUAA